AUGUGCAUCUUGCAAUUCCACAAUGCUCGUGACUGUCAGCAGGCCUACAACGAAUGUCUUCAAGGCAAAGAAAUUGGUGGACAGUUGUUGCAUGCAGAAUUUAAUGGAGAUCGGCGCUCCAGUUCGUCAGAAAACCUUUACACUAGUCAACAGUAUGGAGGCAACUCUAGAGAUUUCAGACGACCAUAUGCAGAAAAUGAUUACGGCCGUCAAACACUUGAUGACAAUAAUGGAUCUGAGGGUGAUGGUCCUUCUAACACUUCCUGUACACUGACCGUAUCAAACCUUCCGUACUCAGCAUCUGAAAGAGACAUUGUGCGCGAGUUCCCAGAAGCUCUGCGAGUGGCACUGUCGUUAGACGAACAAGGCCGUUCAAGAGGUGUUGCGCAUGUGACAUUCUCAAACUCGGACCAGUGCAGUGCCGCUCUUACCUCUUGUGGCAACAAGAUGAUGGGUGGAAGACCCAUGCGCGGACGCAUCCAGAGAGAUCAGGAACACAGUCAACAAGCGGGUUAUAACAAUCAACGUCCUUACCACCGUGACCAAAGAGACUAUGGUCAACGUGGCCAACGGGACUAUAAUCAGCGCAAUUUCAAUAACCGGGACCACAGCAACCAGCGUGAGAAUGGUAACCAGAGGGACAACAGUCAACGCGAAUACAAUCAACGUGAUUAUAGUGGUCAACGAGACUAUGCUAACAGGCAAGGAAGGCAGUUUGACUACAACUCCGGGAGGGGAGAAAGAGAUGUAAACCGUUUUCAAAGCGGUUCGGCAAAUAGAGGUGGAUCACGUGACUUUGGACGGAACGACCGGUUCGACUGGUCAGAUCAAAGACGAGAUCGCAGCCCAGCUAGAGUUAACAAUUCUGCAGCCAAAUCCCCGCAACCUGGUGUCGCACCGGAGCCAAAGAACAAACGUCUCACGAAUGGCAAAACGACCCCAUUGAAACCUGGAUCUAAACGACCAGUUCCCGUUGGUAGUGAUGACAGUGGGUCAGAUAUCGAGACAGGUCAUGUCACUGAUUUGAAAAUGUCGCACAAAAAGCUGAAACUCGGUGACACAAAACUUGAGCCAGAAAAACAUGAGAUUGAAAGUGAGGAGGACGAAGACGAUGAAGUGGAAGAUGAUGAUGAGGAUGACGACGAUGAAGAUGAUGACGAUGAAGAUGACGAAGAUGAUACUGGGGACGAUGAUGAUGAAGAGGAUGAAGAUGAUGAUGAAAGCGAGGAAGGCAAGACACCUAAAAAUCUUCAGGCAGGGUUCAGUCCCGGUCCGAAGGUCAUGGUACUAGGCUUCCAGGGGAAUCCCGGUCAUUUGCGCAAAGAAUUCCCGACAUGCAUUGAUGUUCAGUACGAUAAAAAUAAAAAAAAGGCGAUUCUUAAAUUCCCUUCUUUGGAAGUCCGACAAGCUGCCGUCUCAGAGCCGAAAUUCAUAAACGGUAGGAAACUGAAAUUGUCACUGCUGGGUGGUCCAGAACUUAAAACCGCUAUGAUUUUGGGUGUUUCAACUGAUGUGAAGGAGUCUGAAAUCAAAGGGUUGUUCGAUGGCGUGGUUUCAGUAACACGCGAUUCAACUUCCUCUGGGAACCACCAGCAACCGUCAAUUACUGUUGAGUUCAAGACAGCGACGGACUGUGAAAAGGCAAUUUCCUCCAAUGCUACGUUAAACGGCAAACGCAUAACAAUCUUCCUGAAAGGGAUAUUCGUUGAUGAGGUCUCCGGUAAGAAGCCUGAAACCAUCGCUGGCUUGAAACAAGAUGAACCCCCUGCCAAAAGGGCGAAAGCUGCUGCAGUUGUCCCCGGUAGUGGCAAGUUGAAGGUCGAAGUGUUGGGCGAAGUCCCAAAGGUAGAAGAAAUUAGCAGUGUUGAAGAUGAUGACGAAGAAGAGGAUGAUGACGAGGAUGAAAGCGAGGAGAGUGAUGACAGCGAUGAUGAUGAUACAGACGAUAUGUCCGCUUCACAAACAUACCAGUCCAACCAAGGGACCUCGUUGGCUGUAUACAAUCUGCCUUGUUCGGCCAGUGAAACGGAGGUCCAAUCGGUAUUUCCUUCAGCUAAGUCGGUCAACAUUGUACGAAGUCAUUCUGUGCCUCCACAAUCCAAAGGCAUGUGCAUCUUGCAAUUCCACAAUGCUCGUGACUGUCAGCAGGCCUACAACGAAUGUCUUCAAGGCAAAGAAAUUGGUGGACAGUUGUUGCAUGCAGAAUUUAAUGGAGAUCGGCGCUCCAGUUCGUCAGAAAACCUUUACACUAGUCAACAGUAUGGAGGCAACUCUAGAGAUUUCAGACGACCAUAUGCAGAAAAUGAUUACGGCCGUCAAACACUUGAUGACAAUAAUGGAUCUGAGGGUGAUGGUCCUUCUAACACUUCCUGUACACUGACCGUAUCAAACCUUCCGUACUCAGCAUCUGAAAGAGACAUUGUGCGCGAGUUCCCAGAAGCUCUGCGAGUGGCACUGUCGUUAGACGAACAAGGCCGUUCAAGAGGUGUUGCGCAUGUGACAUUCUCAAACUCGGACCAGUGCAGUGCCGCUCUUACCUCUUGUGGCAACAAGAUGAUGGGUGGAAGACCCAUGCGCGGACGCAUCCAGAGAGAUCAGGAACACAGUCAACAAGCGGGUUAUAACAAUCAACGUCCUUACCACCGUGACCAAAGAGACUAUGGUCAACGUGGCCAACGGGACUAUAAUCAGCGCAAUUUCAAUAACCGGGACCACAGCAACCAGCGUGAGAAUGGUAACCAGAGGGACAACAGUCAACGCGAAUACAAUCAACGUGAUUAUAGUGGUCAACGAGACUAUGCUAACAGGCAAGGAAGGCAGUUUGACUACAACUCCGGGAGGGGAGAAAGAGAUGUAAACCGUUUUCAAAGCGGUUCGGCAAAUAGAGGUGGAUCACGUGACUUUGGACGGAACGACCGGUUCGACUGGUCAGAUCAAAGACGAGAUCGCAGCCCAGCUAGAGGUGAGCCCGUCCGUGGGUAUGGCAGCUCCAAAGGACCGCGGAUAACAUCAGCUGUUAUUCACCGCCCGGGAAAUGCUAGUCCUUCGGAAUCCUCUUCUUCCGACGAAGACUAA